AUUUCCAGCACACCACAGCAUGCGUAGUCUCCAACUUGUUGGUCAUACGUCUUCUAGAAUUGGAUCUAACAAUGUUCAAGCUCCUUCGUUUAUCACAAAUGAUCCCGAGUCAAAGACGAUCUAUAUUGCGUUAGAGGACGAAGUAGGCGGCGUCCGUAUCAUGGCAUCAACUCCUGAUCAAGAAGAUGCUUCGUUUGUACAAUUGGCUUUGACAGAAGGUCCAAGUGGCGGGAUUAUAAGUUUUACUUACUUAUCUGAUCUACAAGCCAUUUGUCUCGGUACUCGCAAUGGUGACAUUAUUCUAUUCCACAAAGAACGAUUUGACGCCGGUGACGAUCCUUUGGAAAUAGUUGGUUCUGUUGAUACAGGAUUGGAAGCCAUGACUUGGAGUCCUGAUCAAGAUCUUGUUAUUCUUAUUACAGGGGAAAAGAACGUUUUGGAAAUGACCCAAGAUUUUGAUACUAUUACUGAAUUCCCUCUUCAUGUUGGAGACCAAGGUCAAGGUGUUCAACAUAGUGUUGGAUGGGGUAAGAAGGAAACUCAAUUUCACGGUUCCGAAGGAAAACAAGCAGCAUUACGAAAGGUGGAUACAAGCAAAUUUGGUUCUUCAAUAGACGACGAUAAACAUGCUAGAGUGGCAUGGCGUGGUGACGGUAGCUUUUUUGUAUGUUCUGAUAUUGAUCCUCGAAAAGAUGCUCGUGUACUUCGUAUUCAUAAUCGUGAAGGUGUGUUACAAAAUACAAGUGAACCUGUGGAUCAAUUGGAACAUGUGCUUGAUUGGAAACCAUCUGGAAAUUUGAUCGUAUCAAGUCAACGUUUACCUCAUCGUCAUGAUAUAGUGUUUGUGGAAAGAAAUGGUUUACGACAUGGCGAAUUCACUUUAAGAGAAUCAGGAGAACAUCGCCUUAUUGAAGUUUCUUGGAAUGCGGAUUCAACUGUACUUGCUAUUUGGUUGGAAACAAACAAUCAAAAAUCUGUUCAACUCUGGACUAUGAACAAUUAUCAUUGGUAUAUGAAACAGCAUAUUGUUCUCCCUCAAAAAGAAGACAUCAUUGGAUUUUCUUGGGAUGUGGAACUACCUCUUCAUGCACAUAUCGUCAGUAGUGAUGGUAUCUAUCAUUCUUUUGAUUUCAUUUGGAAUGUCUUGACUAGUACUUCAACUGAUCACGAGAAUUCUGGCUAUGUUGCUGUUAUUGAUGGUGAUAAUGCACUUAUGACUCCAUUUAAUUACCAAAAUGUACCACCACCAAUGUGCUCUUUGAAGGUCAAUGCUAGUCAAAAUAUUCAGCAAGUCACAUUCCAUCCUUGUCCAAACGGUUCCCGUAUGGCUGCGGUUACAAAUGAAAAGUUGGAAUUCUUUGAUCUCCCUGUCAAUGGCCAUGGUAAUGCCAAAUCUUCUGGAUCCUUAGUAUUACCCUGUCUCACCGAUAUUGCCAGUCUUCCUCGUCAUAUUACCUUAUUGAACGAUAAUCAAUUAUUCUAUGUUACGUACGAUACAAUUGGACAGUGUGAUAUUUUAUGUUUGAUCGAUUAUCAACAAACGGAUGAAAACAGUGCAUCCUCAACCACUACACCAUUUGAAGGAAAGGUUGGACAAGUUUACUACAAUGCAACCACAAAGGAUCUGGUGAUAGAAGGCAUUGAUGGUUCAGUAUGGGAUGUUCAAUUUGAUGAUAGUUUAUCAAUGACUCCUAUCUUAGAAUUACCUUCAUUCUGUCCCUGGAUUGCCACAGCACUUGUUGGAAGCACAAAGGAAACUGUUCAAAGAGUGAUCAUUGGAUUGACAGAACGUAGCAAGUUGUAUGCCAAUGAUCGCUUACUCUCAUCUGAAGCAACUUCAUUUUUCCUUCGUCAUGACUGGUUGGUAUUCACAACAACAAGUCAUACUGCUCGUUUUCUUCCUUUGGAUAUUGAAUUGGAUGAUUUUAAGCUUUCUGACGAUGUACCUGACGCCAAUGAUGAAUCUCAUCGUCGUGUUGAACGUGGAUCCAAGAUUGUUUUGGCCACUCAAUCCAAAUCAAAUCUUAUCCUUCAGAUGCCCCGUGGUAACUUGGAGACUAUUAGUCCUCGUGCUUUUGUCUUGGCUUCUAUUCGUGAAGAUUUGAAAAGUCUGAAUUAUCGUUCCGCCUUCAUCACUUGCCGUCGUAAUCGUAUCGAUCUCAACAUACUCUUUGAUGAAAAUCCUCAACAAUUCUUUGACAAUAUUCAACUCUUCAUCACUCAAGUUCCUGAAGUAGACUAUUUGAAUCUUUUCUUGUCGAAUUUACGUAACGAAGAUGUAACAAAAACAAUGUAUCAACAUCGGGGUGCAUUGGCCACUACUCAUUCCCUGGAUAGUACCUCAUUGGGCAAUAAAGUCAACAACAUUUGCGACGCUGUACGAACCGUUCUUACUGAAGCCGAUCGUGAUCAAUAUAUUCAAUCUAUUCUCUCAACUUAUGUACGAAGCUCACCUCCUGACCUAGAAUCAGCCUUGUCCUUACUUGCAGAAAUUAGGGAAUCGAAUUUGACAAAAGCUGAAGAAGCGCUCAAGUACACCAUCUUUUUAUGCAAAGCAGAUAGUUUGUAUGACAUUGCUCUUGGCAUGUACAACUUUUCUUUGGUGUUGAUGGUCGCACAGCAAGCACAAAUGGAUCCUCGUGAAUAUCUUCCUUUCCUUCAAGAAUUACAGAAUUUGGACAAGUAUUACCAACGAUUCAAGAUUGACGAUCACUUAAAAAGACAUGACAAGGCGCUUCGAAAUUUGGUUUUAGCUGGUGAUGAUAGAUUUGACGAACUAAUUGCUUAUAUGCAGAAACAUACUCUUUAUUUGACUGCUUUGGAAGAAUACGCUAACAAACCUCAGCAAAAGAAGGUUGUUUUGGAUGCUUAUGGUGACUAUCUGGAUCAAACCGAAGCUUAUGAAGAAGCAGGAAUUGUGUUCACAAUGGCAAAUUCUUUACAAAAGGCUUUACAUUCCUACCGUUUGGCUGGAUCCUGGCGGGAAGCAUUCUCUCUCGCAAAACAAAUGUCAUUUUCCAUUGAUGAUAUACAGGCUUUAGCAUAUCAAAUUAUUGGGUAUUUGAAAGAAAAACGUCGAUUCCAAGAAGCUGCUACAGUUGCCAAUGAUUACAUCAAGGAUAUUGAAGAAGCUGUGGAUUGUUUAUUGAAAGGAAGUCUUUGGCAGGAAGCAUCACGUUUGUCCUAUACAUACGAUCGAUCAGAUCUCAUUGAAACUCAUGUGAAACCUGCUUUGAUUGAAGGAUAUACUCAACUGGACGAAGAUCUUGAAGAACUUACUGCUCAAUUCAAUAAACAGACAGAACGAUUGAAGGAACUCCGUGAAAAGAAACCUGAACCAACACAAGUACUUCCCAACGAUGAUACACUAGAUAAUAUUGAUAUGUUUUCCGAUACAACUUCCAUGUUUAGUCAGUUUACCCGAUAUACUCAAGCAUCAUCUCGUGUAUCAACAGUAUCAUCUCGCUCAAGCAGAAAAUCAUCCAGGCAAAGAAAACGGGAUGAACGUAAACGGGCUAAAGGAAAGAAAGGAACGAUCUAUGAAGAAGAAUAUUUGGUCAAUUCUCUCAAGAAGCUUUAUGAACGCGCCAAUCAACUUCAAACUGAUAUUGGUAAUUUAAUCCGAGCAAUGGUUCCUUUUGGUUAUGUUGAAGAAGCCACUACAAGUCAAAUCAAAUUUGAAGCAUUCCUCAAACAUUUACAAGAUGCCAUCGAUGUGAUCUUUGUCCCACUCCAAUUAGCCAAUGUCCAAUUUGGAUCAAUUGAAGAAUAUGAAGAAGCUCAAAAGAUCUCUUCUACUCAAAUCGAAAAGCCUGUGCUCUCUACGGUGAAAUGGAAAUUACAAAUCUUGUAGAUUGUGUAGUAUUAGAAUAUUAGUAUCAAAUAGUUAGUCAUUCAUAGAAAAAAUAAAUCAUCAUUAUCAUUCAACCGAUAGUCA